CGGAUGAAGACCCUCCACCUCCACUUGACCUCGAACGCUCACCCUGCCUGACUACCAACCACCUUCCAGCGCAACUCCCUCCCUUACACAUAUUACACGGCGCGCAUCAUACAUCUGUUGAUCGGACUCGAUAUACCGGAGCCACCAUGUCUACUGAAGUCAUGUCCGGGUCUGCUACUCCUCCCCCUCACCAGCCCCCCAUGUCACGCUCGAACUUCAAACCCAAGGGUAUCCUAAAGAACGCUCCUCCAGUGAAUCACACCCCUCAGCACCUGCAAUGGGAUGAGGAAAAUCUCGCGCUUACGGAGGCGCAGAAGGACAGCCAGAUGAAGAUCACGGAGCCAAAGACCCCGUAUGUAAGGUACAACGCGGAGACAGAUACAGUCGAGAGCGACAUCCCGGCUCUUGAUCUCAAUGGCAGAACCACGAGUCCCACCGUGCUAUCCCCCGAGCGCGCCGCCUCACCAACGAGCAGCACCGGGGCAACAGGCGGUGGCUCUGCGCCUUCCUCCCGCCGCACAUCCUUCUCCAGCGCUGGUCGCACCUCGACGCCAUCAGGACGCCCCGACAGCGGGCGAUCCAGCCGGAGCACCAGCUUCAACCUUCCCGAUGACGCCCGUGAGACGAUCAGACUGGAUGGCCGACAGCCUGGGGAUGAGAUCGAGUUUGAGGAGAUGGACGAAGAGACACGCUGCGUUCGUCAGGGCCGUGGUAGGCACUAUUCGAAUGAGGCGGAAGCGAUGAAGAUGGCUGCGAAGCUCAUGGAGCAGGAGGAUGAGGAAGACGAGGAGGCCUCUGUCGACCAUAGCGUCGACGAAGACAGCCUGAUGUCCGUUGAUGAGGAAGGCCCGGCGAAGGUCAACGGGGUUGUCCACGGCUAAGAUUGAACAGAGAUACCACGCCUUUUGUAGCUAAUGCUGAAUGGAAACUUUCUGUAGCUUGCGUUGUAGGUUAUGACUUCGAAUACUCAUCGGACGCUCCCGCUGGCCUUGUAUCUGCUUUGUGUUCCAUCAGACUAAAGUUUCUAUGUCGUGUAAUUAUUCUCCCAUAUUUUGCGGUGUUCCUGCAGUGUGCUCCGUUUGUUAGGGUGGGGCUUCGGGGCGGUUCGGGAAGUUCU